AUGAAGCCUGUUUCACUGAGCUUCGCCUCUCUCGCAGCGCUCCUAUCCGGAGUAAGCGGCCUUGCUCGUGUAUCUCAGCGCUCAGCGCCUAAUCCAAACUGUUUUCCAUUCGGCAGCCAGGCGAAACUCAAUGCAGACCUACAGCCUCCCCACGUUUCGAGAGAAGAAUGGUGGUGUCCACAAUCUGAUUUUUAUGGAUUCCUUGGCUUUUCAUUCCCCUUUCAGUUUACCAAUGAAGACUUUGAGGUUGCAAGUAUUAGCUCUCACAUGCAGCAGAUGAAGCGCCAAUUUGGCGCCACAAUGAUUCGCAUGUAUAUUCCUGAAAGCUACACCACGCAGCUGUGGGAGAAUGUGCUGGAGGCUGCUAUUUUGAACAACAUGGGAGUUGUGCUUUCUUGGGAAAAAGUACUGGAAACGACACUCUUCGAAACUCUAUCAAAUAGCAAAUAUUCAAAAAUUGCACCAUACGUCAUCUAUGCCGCCGAAUAUCUCAAUGAGCCAGUUGGGGAUUGCGACAUGUGUGCGGCUGGUAGCACCGGUAAUGCAUCUGCGCCGGCCAGCCUGACGAAUUUGACUAUGGGCAUGUCCAACUUUCGCAAAGAGAUGAACAAGCAUGGUAUUCCAGCGGGAAUCAGUGAAGAUUGGGAUAGACCAAAUUUGAUGAGCGGUGCACCUGGCUCUGAUGGACUUGGUGUUGGAUUGGGCGUAGUGGGAAAGGCGCUUGAGCCAGUGUUGGACUUUAUUCACGCCCAUGUUAUGGCUUAUUACCACAACAUCCAAGUCGAUGAUGCUUGGACUUAUACCGCCAAUCAGGUCUUGUGGUAUAAGAAAUACCUCCCCCAGUUUCCACUCAUCAUCUCAGAGAUGAUGUGGGCUACAGGCUACAAUGUUUUGCACGCUGGCGGCUACAUCACCGGUUUUGCCGUUGCAGAAGUAAGCGUUGCUGAUUAUACCAAGUUCUGGAAGACGGUGGACGCAAACUGCGCAUUUCUGAAGGAGCACAAUACGGCAUACUUUAUUCAUGCUUGGAGGCAGCAAGGCACCCUGAAUAUGCUUCAGAAUGAUGGAAGUGUUGUUAUCCCGAAUUGGAAGCCUAAGAAAUGGUGUUAG